AUGUCCGACCUUAUCCUAGCACCUCUUUGUAUUGCAGUACUGGUGGCACUGUACAAGAUUUUCUUGUCGAAAGACGAUCUAGACCAUAUACCAACAGUCGGUUACUCAAACCCGUUUUUGUCGUUUUUGACAUCGAUAAAAUAUAUCUAUGAUGCACCCGACUUACUUUUGGAGGGGUAUAAGCUGUAUCCGAAUGGCAUCUUCAAAUUCUCGACCUUCGACGGUUGGUCUGUAGUUGUGAACGGGACACAACUCAUUGACGAUAUACGCCGUUCAACGGGAGAGCAGCUUCACUCUAUGUCUUCCGUUGCUAGUUAUCUCGGAUUUAGAUACACUUUGGGUGUACGCUUUUUGGACAACCCCUUUCAUAUCGAUGUCGUUCGGUCCGCUUUGACGAGAAACAUCGCUGCGCGAUUUCAUGAAAUUCACGACGAAGUCCAACGCGCAUACGCAGCCAGUAUACCACUUCCCACUGACGAGAAAGGAUGGUCUUCGGUGGUGGCGUACAAACUUCAAGUUGAGGUGAUAACAAGGGUGUCCUGUCGCUACCUAUUUGGAAAGCCUUUAUCCGACGACCCCGAAUUUCGUAGUCUGUGCGAAAGUGCAACCAAGGAGAUCUACAAAGGGAGAUUCAUUCGACUUUUCCCUCCUCUCCUACGACCACUUGGUGCACGACUUGUGACCGGUAUACACGGACUGCGCAGAAAGAUGGAGAGCUACAUUCGCCCGGUUGUGGAAUUCAGGCUGGAGCAACAAAAGCUUCACGGUAUUGAUUGGCCGGACAAACCUAAUGAUCUCAUCUCGUGGCUCAUAGACGCGGCUCUUGCUUCUGGAGAGGAAGUUACAGUGGAGGAUCUAAGCACUAGAUUGCUUUUCAUCAGCUUCGGCGCGAUCCAUACGUCUUCUGCGACGUUUACCGCUGCGUUAUUUCAGCUCUGCCAAAAUCCACAGGAUGCAGGCGAGAUCCGACGAGAAGUACAGCACGUCGUCAAAACAGAAGGAUGGUCAAAAGCCUCAAUCGGGAAGAUGUACAAGAUGGACAGCUACUUACGCGAGUCACAACGAUUGCAUUUCAUGUCUCUGUUGAAUAUGGGUCGUGCAGUGGUCCAAGACUUUACGUUCUCCGAUGGGACUGUCAUGCCCAGACAGGUGGCCGGUAUCUCUGUGAAUGUGUACGCAAGGCACAGAGACGAAAGCUUAUAUUCCGACGCACACAUGUUUGAAGGCUUUCGAUUUGUCCCUAAACCCGGAUCGGGCGCGACACAACCGUUAGUGGCUACUCCAACUCUGGAGUAUCAUGGGUUCGGUCACGGUCGCUCGACUUGCCCUGGUCGCUUCUUCGCGGUCACAGAACUCAAGACAAUGCUGGCGCAUAUCGUAACAAACUACGACAUCAAGCUUGAGCACGAUGAAUACCCACGAAAAAUGAUCGUGGAAGCCCAUUGCAUUCCAAACAUGUCCGCGAAGAUAUUGUUGCGUAAACGUAACUCGCACUGCUGA